AAAUAUGCAUGGAUACAGAUAGAUGCAUUUGAAGUGUUUGCAAGCAGGCAAGACAGUCCAGCGAGACACAGUGUAUUUAAUAAUGAAGAUCAUAGAUCCUGAUGGUUUGCAACUUAGGAGAAGAGGCAGGCUCAAAAGAAGAGAAUACUUUGCGCGAGGACCAAACUAUUUGUGGCACCUAGACUCAUAUGACAAAUUGAAAACUUAUGGCUUGUGCAUCAACGGAUGUAUUGAUGGGUUUUCUCGUCAGGUGAUUUGGUUGUACGUAUAUCGCACAAGCAGCGACCCAAAAGUAAUUGCUGGAUAUUACAUAGAAGCAGUGAGUGCCAUGGAAGGAUGCCCAAAUUUAGUCAGAGGAGACAUGGGAACCGAGAACGGUCAUGUAGCACAGAUGCAAGAGUUCUUGUCGGAGCAGAAUAGCUUUAUUUAUGGGCGGAGCACUCACAACCAGCGGAUUGAAGCCUUUUGGUGUAUGCUGCGUAAAGAAUGCAUACAAUUUUGGAUGGAUGUUCUGAAA